UAAAAAUUAACCUAAGCAUGGUUUUAUUUCCUAAAUGCACAGUGACUCCUAAAUGUGGCACUAUAGCCUAUAUGGUUAGGAAGAAGGGCGCUGAUCCUUUAAGACAUGAUAUGUUUAUAUGUGAGAAUUGUAUGGCUACUGCUUUUUGUGGUGAAGAUUGUGAACCGAUUCCUAAGAUGGAGCCUAUUUAUGAGUGACUUCAGUCAGCCGAGUUCAAUAUCAAGGAGAUUACAAGGUUUAAAGACCAGCAUAAGUUGCAUAUUAUGUGGGAUGGUCUGAAUGGAGAGCUGAACAGCUUCAAAGAAUCACUUUUACAGUUGAAAUUCAGAUUGAGUGACAUCAAAGACAACAAGCAAUGGAACCUGCUAGUCGACUUCCAAACUGACGCCAGAGCAUUUCUAGACAUUAUGCUCGACUCCAAACUAAUGAGAUACUACUGCAGAGAACAACAAUUCAGAUCCUUCCAAGACUUCAAAUCAGGCUCUAGCAUCCAAACCAGAGACACCCAAAAAUUCCUUCGCUCAAAACUUGCUGAUUUCCAAAAAUCCGUCCAAACCAACCAAAUCGCUCCUCUCCAGUCAAAACUCGACGAAGCCACUCAAGAAGCCCUCUUGACCAAGACCCAGCUCCACACAACAACUCAAGAGAACACCAGGCUCCAGCAAGAAGUCCAGGAGCUCACUCAGAGUGCUAAUGAACAGCAGGAGUUGGUGAGUAGGCUAAAUCAGAGGAUUCAGACUAUGGUAGAUGAAGAGGUUAAGUUAAAUUUGGCAUUUGAGGAAGUUAAGAAAGAAAUGAGCGAGCUAGAGAAAACUCUUGAACAAUCAAAGCGUGAAAUUAGUCAUGGAGAACUUAAAUCUAUUCAUAAUUCUAUCCUUGGAAAGACAGACAACUUUGAAGCAUCAUCCUGCCUAGGUUUUUAAUUUGAAUAUCGAUUCAUGAAUCAAUCUAUGUAAAGCUCUUCAGAUGUAUAGGUUGCCUGCUUUGAGUAAUGUUCACUUGGAUGAGGUUGAUAAGUUCUCUGGGGGAGAAAUAUUGAGCAGAUUCAUAGAGAAUGCUCUGAGUAAAGACAUUAAAAUUUUCAAAUUCUACUCUCAGAAAACUUCUUGCAUCCAGAUCAAAGAUUAUGUUUCUUCAUUAAAAAAAGCUCUUCCUAAAAUUCCUGAUAAGACUGACAUUCUCUGUUUCCAGAUGACCAAGACCGAAUUCGAAGAUAUUCUAGUGGCAGCUAAAAAAUUGCAAACAAAUAGAAAUUGAUCGUUGUAAGAUAGAUACUAAGCAAGAGCUUGAGUUUGGAGAUAGAUUAAAUGAAUCUUCCUUUACUAAAUUAUACUUGGGAGGUGUAGGUGGCAGUUCUUAUAGUAAUUGGAGUCAAGAUGACUUCCUCCAGUUUAAAAACAUUGUCAAAGGGCUGUCCAAGGUAGAACAGCUCAAGAAUAGAGCAUUUAAGCUGAACCUCAACAGCUGUGGGUUGACAAAAGAGAAGGCUGAAUCUAUCCUCCAGGAAAACGGAAUGACAAACAUUACGAUCGAAGGACUUUAAAGAACUUACAAAAUAAGCAUUCUU